CGUGUCCUCGCCUCUUGGUCGCGAGUCGCAGGAAAAACUAGAGCAAGAAAUGGCCACGCCCACGCGUGCCGCUCUUCUUUCAUCGCCUGCAGUGAGGCUGAGCUCCCACUCCCCUUCUCCCCUCUUCACGGCUCGAGCUCUGCAGACGAACAAGAAAAGCGGAGGGAACUCCUGGAAGUGGAAGCGAUCCUCCGUCCGUGCUAUGGGCUCCUUUCCCUCCUCCCAGAGGCCGGAUCAAGUUCAAGAGCCAGGUCAAGUUAAUUAUGCCUCCUUGAGUGAUGAGGAGUGGAAGAAGCGUCUUACACAGGAACAAUAUUACAUAACUCGGCAAAAGGGUACUGAGAGGGCUUUCACCGGGGAAUAUUGGAACACUAAGACUCCUGGGACAUACCAUUGUGUAUGUUGUGACACACCUCUCUUUGAAUCAGGCACAAAAUUUGACAGUGGAACUGGUUGGCCAUCCUACUAUGAACCAAUUGGAAACAAUGUGAAAUCCAAGCUAGACAUGUCAAUCAUUUUCAUGCCCCGAACUGAGGUUCUUUGUGCAGUUUGUGAUGCACAUCUUGGUCAUGUCUUUGACGAUGGGCCCCCACCUACAGGAAAACGAUAUUGUAUCAAUAGUGCAUCCGUAAAACUGAAGCCGCAGUAGCAGAGAGGCUCGAGAUGAAUUAAAGGAAGUGUGUUUGAGCACUGUAGAUAUAUCAUUUUCUCCAGGAAUUCUAAGUUCUCUACUAAUCAGAUCUGUCCUGAGCUUUUUUACUGACUGUACUUAAAUCUUUUUCAGAAUAGCUGAAACGAAAAGGUUGUGGAAUUAUAAUGUUUAUGAUGUUUAUUGUCCAUCUUGUUUCUUAUAUAA